UAUAUUGAAAGCACAGUUGACUGCAGUCGUGUAUACAUAUUAAAACUCAAAGGUCACAUAUCAUCGUGCCAAAAAGAAUUUAAAAUUUUGAAAAUGGCAGAACGAUUGAAACCAACCGAAGUUUUUGAUGUAGAUUCAAUAAGAUAUUCAAAUAUCGAUAUACAAUCGAAGUAUGAAGAUGGCAUUGAGAAUGGCGGCAAGUGGUUGAUGUUUAUUGAUAAAAGCAAAUUAGAUGAAGUGUGGGCAAAUUGUUGUCAAAUUUAUGAUGAAGAAAAGCUAAUUGGUGUUUCCCAUUUAAAGUGUUCUACAAAUUUCAAAAAUCCAAGAACUAAUUCACAUCAAAGCGGUGCCAUCCGUUUUUAUUGCGGUCCGGCCUCGGAAGAAAAGAAGAUAAUCGAAAUUGGUAGAAAUAUAUUAAAAUUUAUUCCGUAUCAUUGUAUUACAGGAUACAUGAUUUACAAGUCUAAUGAACAGACUAAAAAAGGAACUAGAAAAACAGGUCAAAAAAUCAACCACCUUUAUAAACUACAGGUUCCAAAGAGAGAAAAACGAUUGUCUUCGGAAGAAGUCAAUAAAUUGAUGGGGAAUUUUUCCGAAUUAAAAACUUGUAACAUCUCAAUAAAAAACGAUUCCUCUCAAGCUAAAUAACUAUUUAAGUAAAAAUCCUCUCAUACUAUUUUGUAAAAUGUCGAAUAUUAUUAAAAAUUUUGUUAUUUUGUUAAAUU